AUGGCUGCAUCUACACCAGUAGAAAAGCAGGCCCCCAUCACCGAAACCGCUGACCCAAGGUCGUCACACGGCUCGAAAUCACCACCGCCGCAACAUGGCUCACACGAAGACCAUCCGUUCAGCGACCCGGUAACGGCUCAGCGCUGGCGUCAAAUAUACGAAAAUGCCGAGUACGAAGGACGUCAUCGGUUUGACCCAGCGUAUACAUGGGAAGUUGAAGAAGAGAAACGUCUAGUCAAAAGGCUGGACUGGCGUAUAGCUCUUUGGGCAUGGAUCAUGUUUAUAUCGAUGGAGUUGAAUCGAAGGAACAUCAAUCGAGCGAUCUCAGACAAUUUGCUGAAAGACUUAGGCAUGAACACAAACGACUAUAAUUAUGGUCAGACUAUCUUUCUCGCUUCUUUCCUCUUUGCCGAACUUCCCAGUGGCCUGAUAAGCAAGAAGCUUGGUGCUGAUCGGUGGAUCCCAACCAUUAUUUGCAUUUGGUCCAUUGUCAGCGCUUCACAAUGCGCCAUGAAGACCAAAGCUCACUACUUUGCUAUUCGAUGCAUCCUUGGUCUUCUCAUGGGCGGCUUCAUCCCAGACAUCGUCCUCUGGUUGACAUACUUUUACAAAUCCAAUGAACUUCCACACCGGCUAGCGUGGUUCUGGACUGCGCUGAGUACUUGCAAUAUCGUCGGCUCUCUGCUUGCAGCAGGUAUAUUGCAGAUGCGAGGACUUCAUGGCUGGGGAGGUUGGCAGUAUUUGUUCUUAAUCGAAGGCAUCAUGACUCUAGCCAUCGGCAUCCUCUCCUUCGGCCUCAUGCCCCCUGGCGCCUGCCAAACGCAACACUGGUUCCGCGGCAAAAACGGCUGGUUCACCCCACAUGAAGAGUACAUUCUCGUCAACCGCAUUCUCCGCGACGACCCCUCAAAAGGCGACAUGAACAACCGCCAAGCAGUCGGCCUUCCGCUCCUCUGGAAAGCAGCGUGCGACUGGGAACAAUGGCCCCUCUACAUCAUCGGCCUGACUGCUUACGUCCCACCUAACCCGCCGCAAAACUACCUCUCGUAUAUCCUGCGCCAACUCGGCUUUUCCGUCUUCGAAGCCAACUUACUUGCCAUACCCAGCCAGUUUCUCUACGCCAUCCAACUUCUUGCCGUCACGUGGCUAUCUGAGAAGUUCAAAGAGCGCUCCAUGAUAUCUAGUCUAUCCAACAUCUGGAUCUUCCCCUGGCUCGUCGCUCUUGUCGUUCUGCCUGCAGACGCAAACCCGUGGGUCAGGUAUGCGCUCCUCACAGGCCUGCUGUCUUAUCCGUACUGCCACGCCAUCCUCGUAAGCUGGAACGCGAAGAACUCAAACUCUGUCCGUACACGCGCCGUCUCUGCGGCUUUCUACAACAUGUUUGUGCAGUCGGGUAAUAUCAUUGCUACUAAUAUUUAUCGCGAUGACGAUCAGCCAUUGUACCGCAGGGGCAACAGGAUCCUGCUGGGUAUCUGUGUGUAUAACGUUUUCUUAUUCUAUGCGGUAAAGGCGUUUUACAUUUGGAGGAAUCGCGUAAGAGAUGGGCAAUGGAAAGCUAUGACCAAGGAAGAGCAGGAGGAUUAUGUUUUCAACACGAAGGAUGAGGGGAUGAAGAGGCUGGACUUCAGGUUUUCCCACUGA